AGCUACUCCAUAAUAAUAUUCCUCUAUUCUAACAAACAAUUUAUAAGUAUCUGUGCGUUUGUUUAGUCAUCACAUCACAUCACAUCAGCAAACGGUUUGCUUAUGUGUUAUGUAUAUAAUCCCCACCAUUUAAAAAAUAAUAUAAAAUAAAGUUAACUCGCGACUGCGAGACAGCAAAGACACUACACGAUAACUCAGCACUUUUAGUAAUACUUUACACGUUCACCGACUGUUAAUCAUCAUGGUAUCGUUGAUGUCAAGAUUACAAACCACCAGAAUAGUAAAUAGUGUUUCAUUUAUACGACAAAUGUCUACGAAAGUAAUGACUGAUGGUGAGGAUAAAAUAAAUAAUAAAGAAGUAAGAAUAAGCUAUCUUGAUGGUAAGGACAAUGGGAUAGCGGUUUUGGGACUGGAACGUCCUGAGGCAAGAAAUGCAUUCAGCAAAAAUCUUGUGUCCCAAUUGACCGAAGCCGUUGAUGCUAUACGUAAUGAUGAGAAAGUUAGAGUUCUCAUAAUUCGCAGCCUGGUACCAAAGAUAUUUAGUGCUGGCGCUGAUUUGAGGGAACGAUUUAAAAUGACGGAAAAUGAAGUUGAAGAAUUCAUACAUUCACUGCGUAAUUUUAUAAGAAAUGUCGAGACAAUGCCAACGCCUGUUAUUGCUGCUAUUGAUGGUGCGGCCUUGGGAGGCGGACUUGAAUUAGCACUUGCCUCAGAUAUAAGAACAGCGGCCAGUGAAUCUAAAAUGGGUCUUGUUGAGACUAAGUGGGCCAUUUUUCCUGGUGCUGGUGGUACAUUGCGACUGCCGCGGAUUGUUGGUCCUGCAGUAGCCAAAGAACUUAUUUACACAUCAAGAAUAAUUGAUGGAGAUGAAGCUAAAAGUAUUGGCUUAAUUAAUCAUGUUGUUAAGCAAAAUAAAAUGGGUGAUGCUGCUUAUCACGCAGCACUUGAUAUUGCCAGAGAAAUUUUACCCAAUGGACCUAUCGGUGUUAGAUUGGCGAAAGUUGUAAUGUCACAAGGAUUUGAAAUUCCUAUUGAAGAUGGAUUUGAAAUUGAGAAAAAGUGUUACAGCAAGUUACUUAAAACACAAGAUCGGAUUGAAGGAUUGGCAGCAUUCUCAGCUAAACGUGUUCCCAUUUACCGAGGAGCAUAAAAAACAAAAUAUUACGUAAUUGUUUUUAUUUUAUUUUAUUAAACCUUUCUGUUGUCCUUAUUUUUAUAUUUUAAAUAACUGUUACUUUAUAAUACUACUGUGAUAUAUUAAGUUUUUUUUUGUAUUUUAACUCUUUA